AUGUUCCAUGGACUACGUACCAAUCCUUCGUGUAAGGGGAAGUAUAUGACUAUCAAGACGGAUAUGAGUAAGGCCUACGACCGUGUGGAGUGGUCUUUUAUUCAAGUUUUAUUGCGUAAGAUUGGUUUUUGCGAACGGUGGAUACAUUGGAUUAUGUAUUGUGUUCAGUCGGUCCAGUAUAAAGUACUGAUUAAUGGUCAGGCAUAUGGAUCCAUUAUCCCUAAUCGGGGGUUGCGGCAAGAGGAUCCUCUAUCGCUUUAUCUCUUUAUUUUAUGCACGGAGGUGCUUAUUGCACAAUUUCGGAAAGCGGAACAGAUGAACCUUAUUACAGGCAUCAAGGUCUCGACAGCUAGUCCUGCCAUUUCACAUCUAUUAUUCGCGGAUGAUAGUCUUUUUUUCUGUCGGGCCACUCGGGAGCAGUGUGAAGUGGUUUUAGGGAUUCUUAGGAAGUAUGAGCGGGCUUCUGGCCAACAAAUCAACUUCCAAAAAUCUUCUGUCCAAUUUGGUCAUACGGUGGAUCUGGCUCCCCGUGAAGACUUGAAAAUAGUUCUAGGGAUUACAAAUUUGGGUGGAAUGGGUUCCUAUUUAUGUAUUCCGGAAAGUUUGGGUGGGGCAAAAACAAAGAUUUUCUCCUUUGUCCAAGACAGGUUACAAACACGGGUGGGUGGGUGGCCAGCCAGACUUUUAUCAAAGGGUGGUAAGGAGGUUAUGAUAAAGUCUGUUGCUACAGCUGUCCCAACUUUUGUAAUGUCUUGUUUCCGGAUCCCAAAGACGGUCACGAGGAAAUUGACUAGUGCAAUUUCUAACUUUUGGUGGAGUUCCUCUGGCACAUCCAGUGGAUUACAUUGGUUGGCAUGGGAUAAGUUAUGCCGUGGGAAGGCUGCAGGCGGUUUGGGUUUUCGGUGUUUGGAUGAUUAUAAUACAGCCUUGUUGGCAAAACAGCUAUGGCGUUUGAUAACUGUACUGGACUCUUUAUUUGCACGGAUGUUUAAAGGCCGUUAUUAUAGGCACUCUGAUCCUUUGGAUCCAAUUAAAUCUUACUCCCCAUCUUAUGGAUGGCGGAGUAUAAUCUCUGCUCGCUCUCUGGUUAAUAAAGGACUCAUUAAACGGGUAGGAUCUGGCGCCUCUAUCUCAGUAUGGAAGGACCCCUGGAUUCCUGCUCAACUCCCGAGACCAGCACUAGGCAUAGGGUCGCCUGCUGACCCUUUGCUUCUCGUUCAAAAUCUUAUUGACAGGAAUUCUAACUCCUGGGAUUUAGCUCAGCUGACGGCUACGUUUGUACCGGACGAUGCAGCUAUUAUUUAUGCCUUACCGCUGCGACAACCGGAUAAACCGGAUUUGUUGGGUUGGCAUUUUACCAAGUCUGGUAAAUAUUCAGUGAAAUCCGGGUAUCAUGUUUGUUGCCCGCCGAAGAUUCGUCACUUUAUGUGGCAGGUAUUAUCGGGUUGUGUGGCGGUCACAGCUAGUUUACGGAAACGAGGACUGAGUUGUGAUGCUGUGUGUGGUGUUUGUGGGGAUCACGAUGAGACGAUUAAUCAUACUCUUUUUGAGUGUCCACCAGCUGUGCAGGUUUGGGCCUUAUCCCAGUUUCCAACGGUCAUGGGUACCUUUCCGGCGGAGUCGGUUUUUACAAACAUGGAUUUCCUUUUGUCACGAUGCCCUACGGUUCCUGACCAAGAGGUGUUUCCCUGGAUUCUAUGGUAUAUUUGGAAGGCUCGUAAUGAUAAACUCUUUGGUAAUUUGGACUCCAAUCCUCUUGCGCUCUUGCGUAUAGCAGAGGCCGAAGCAAAAGCCUGGCUGUUGGCUCAAGGAGAGGACAGGUUACCCGACUUGGGUUCUAACCCCGCGUCAAUUUCUAGGGGAGGACGGAUCGAGGCUCAUACAUCUAUGUCGUCUCAUCUGUGUUAUAUAGAUGGUUCUUGGAAAGAAACGGAUCGGUAUGCUGGUCGAGGAUGGUUUUGCAUUUCACCUUUCGGAGAAGGCCCUACUAUGGGUGCAGCGAAUCAUCGGCGUAGUCUAUCACCUCUUCAUGCGGAGCUGGAAGCCCUCAUUUGGGCAAUGCGUUGUAUGAUUGGGGCAGAUAACCAAUCUGUCAUUUUCCUUAUUGACUGCUUAGAUUUGGUGAAGAUGGUGUCUUCGCCCACUGAAUGGCCUGCGUUUACGCUUUAUCUGGAGGAUAUUCAGACGGACAAAGAGGAGUUUGCUUCAUUCUCAAUAAAAUACGUUCCUUGCUCUCAGAAUGGUAAAGCGGACAAUUUGGCGAGACGAGCUCGCUCAGCACCGCACUUAGUUACCUAUGUUCACAAUUUCCCUUCGCAUUGGCUUGUUUGA